AGGGGAGGGAGAGAGGAGUCAACUUCUGCGAGGGGAGGAAACCGACGGAUAUUUUUCGCCUGAGCGACAAAAGCCGUCAACUCUGGAAUCAGUGUGCAAGAUGCAUCCUCUAAAGGCAAACGUCGACAAACUGUCAGGGGAGUAAAGCCUUGAAGAACAGGACAUCGAAUAUGCAACUCGUUUGCAUUCAGUUCUACGCAUGAAGUUAAUCAGAAGACUCGUAGAAGAACAAAUGCUGGACUGACUGCUGAGGAAUGGCAUCGGCGAUAUUCGAGGGGACGUCUCUGGUCAACAUGUUUGUCAAGGAUUGCUGGGUGAACGGGAUCCGGAGACUGAUCAUAAAUCAGCGAGGAGAGGAAGAAGAAUUCUACGAGAUCAGAACCGAGUGGUCAGACAGAAACGUUUUGUAUUUGCACAGGAGUUAUUCCGAUUUUGGGAGAUUGUUCAAAAGACUGGUUGAAUCAUUCCCGGAGGACAGAAGAGCUCUCUCCAAGUCGCCGCUUAUCGAAGGUCUGGUUAAGAUUAAAGAGGCCAGUGACAUCGAGCUGAAACUAAAUGAGGUGGAGAAGCUACUGAAGAAUGCCAUCAACAUGCCAUGGAAGUAUUCUAGGUCAGAGGUGGUGUUGACAUUCUUUGAGCGAUCACCGCUGGACCAAGUGCUGAAGAAUGACAACGUCCACAAGAUCCAGCCAUGCUUCCAGAGUCCAUACAAGAUAUCAGAGAUCAUGCGUUCCAAUGGCUUCUGUCUGGCCAACACUGAGACAAUCGUGUUUGAUGAGAGUCUGCCACAGGAUGCAGAGAGACCCUCAUCCACUGACUCUGCUGCUGGCUCUGCAGAACACCUGUACGAGGAUGGCAGGGAGUUCCUGACAGUGGAACCAGACAUCAGUGACGAUGACUCCGAUGCCUACGUCACAAACCUGUCUUACUACCAUCUGGUCCCCUUUGAGACGGACAUCCUGGAAUGAGGAGCCAAAAUGGCUGACGGUUAGCAUCACUGCCUGCUCAGAUGCUGUCAGAAACCAACCCAUGUCAUGUGACCUAGCUGUGGACAGCUCUGUCCAGCAUGUUGGCCACAAAUGUUACAGUAGCUGCACAACUGCAUCGAUUAACUUUGCUACUGCUGCUUAUAGGCCAACGUUUGUCAUGGCAGCUUUGUCUCCGUCGAAUUGGAGAGCAGAUCCUGGGGUUCAGCAGCUGUAUGGACAGACAUACACACAGACUGUAGUAUUACUCACAAAGAUUGUAUAGAGAGAUUUAAUAUCACUGGCUUACAAAGUCCAAUGUCUGUGAUAUCACCAGUGUGCCUCAUCCUCUAUCCUCAAGAUGCGGUUAUAAGGAAAUAAGGAGAUUGCCCAUUUCUUGCUUCCCGUGUCCUCUCUCCUCUACAAUUGUGCAUUUUAGUUUUCUUUGGGAUUGAACUUGGUGUACUUCAUAGAACUGUGUUCAGUGUCAGCCUUAAACUGCAGUCUUGUCAUUACAACCAGUAUUACGAAAGAUUAUUGUUUUAUGUGGAGUGAUAGCUUGACUUUUCUAAUUGGGAUUGAAUGGGAAAUUAACUUUUUUUGGUUUACUGUGACUUUUCCUCACCACACCUAUUGUUAGGACGACAGGUUAGGGAUGUUAUUGUGUUCAAAACAUCAAAUCGGAACACUACAUCACUGUAUGAAUGACAGUACCAGAUUGGUUUGAGUAGCAAAAAUGUAACAGUUGCGUAAUCUUCGUCUAGGGGAUUGUUAUCAUGUGCAUAGUGUAAGCAAGCAGUGUUUUGCUGGUUCAAGCAAGGCCAUGUCAGACCCUGUAUUAUGCUGUAUAGGCUACUGUAAUUCCACAACUCAGUCCAACAGCUGACUAUAGUCUCUGUGUGGGAGUCUGCAGCGUAGCCAGCCACUGGAGAAACACAUCUUCUCUGUUUCUAAAGAUAACAAAUGACAAUGUUGUGUGGAAAACCACUAUAAGGGAAUUUAGGCCAACACUGGAUUUUUCCUCUUCCUGUUGUUUGGCAAAUAAACAUCAGUUUAAACACAGCCACAACAUGAUUUCCCCAAUAUCACUAAAUAAGACAUCAUUUGGACACCAAACAUGUGGGAAUGGCACAUUUGAAAAUAUGGCAUGCCCCAACAUGGUUUCUGUCCACAUUUCAAGUCAAAUUAAAGAUGAAAAAAAAACAAAAUAAUUGACUCAGCAUUUGUUUCCAUUGGAAGGUUUUCCAGCUGUCUGCACUUUCAGCAGUCCUGUAGAUGUAGUGGUAACUUGUUUAGUCGCUCACAUGUGUUCCUGUCUCCCUACAGAAGUGAGUCUAGUUUUUCUCUGUAUGUGUGAAGCUGCAGCAGCAUUGAGCCCUCUGGCUACUGGGUAGGUAGCUACGUAGCUAGCUGUCUGUCUUCCUCUGCUCUGUAUUGUUCUGUAGCCACAGGGGUUUGCCCCUCCCCUGAAUCCACAGGCACUGAACAUUCUGAAACUUGGCACAUGGGGCCUUUACCCGACCCUAAACUUCCCUCCCCUAGUUAGCAACACAGUCAUGCCCAAUGCUCAGCCUGUGAGAAAACCCAGGUCUUUCUCAAAAUGUGAAACUAUCCCACUUUUUUCUCUUCCUGCGUUCUUCUCUAUUUUCUCAGAGGCAGAGAGCCUAAAGAGGAGGAAAAACACAUAUUUGUGGGCACUGGAGGUGGUUCUGUUGACUGGCUGCGUUGGAGAAAUGGCACCACAUCCUUCUUAAUGCUCCCUGGGAGAGAAGGAAAAUCCCACCACUAGCAACUCAAUGCUGAAAUAAGGAACUGGACUAUUUAAAAGGAAAAUUAUACAUGAUGUAUGGAACGGUUGAUUGUAUUCAUUUCUGUUCCGAGUCAGUCUAGACAGUAGACAUUGAUUCGUGAAGGACCUUGUGCAGUGUGCAUGCAUCCAUCUAUCCACCAGUCAUGGCUAAACGGUACUCAACUAAUGCCGUGUGGCCUCAGGAGUACCCAACCGAACUCCAGUACUCUGGUCUCUCCGCCACACUCUUUGAACGCACCAGUAUGUCAAAUUCAACAAAUGUCAGACAUCGGUGUGAUCAUUUGGAAGAUGCUUUUUGUUUUAUUACAAUGAUAUUCUAAUUUAAUAUAAUGUUAAGAGGUUAUUUAUUUUUAUAGUCCAAAUGUUUGACAGACUGGCUGUCAUAUCGCUAAGCUAACCAUGACCCGCCUUGUAACCUUGUUGAUAUGCUUACGGCCAGUGUGAGACAUAUCUUGAAACAUACUGCAUCUGCUCAGUAUUAUUAAUUAUAUUAAUCAAGAGUCUAAAUCCUGUCUGGAGGGGGGCUCUAAACUAACAAAUGGAAUUGUUAUAAGAUGGUCAUACCAAGGAUUAUUUAGCUAUUUGAUUUUGAAUGUUAAGGCCCAGUCUUCAGUCUUCAGGCUUCAGUCUUGUGAGGCUUGUGGGUGUCCUAGAGCAAAACGGAGAACAUACUUUUUUUGUUGUUUUAAAAAAAUGUUAUUUUACCCCUUUUUUCUCCCCAAUUGUGUGGUAUCCAAUUGAUUUUAGUAGCUACUAUCUUGUCUAAUCGCUACAACUCCCAUACGGGCUCAGGAGAGACGAAGGUUGAAAGUCAUGCGUCUUCAAAACGGAGAACAUCGCCAUGUUUGUGAGAGUCUCAGCUUUCCACAGAGGGGCGACCGUUCCAGGCGCCACAAACAGAAGUUGGCAUAAGAGGCUAUACUGUCUUCAGACGAGUCUUGUGGGAAUGGUUGAGCAAAACGGAGAACAUUGUCGUGUUCGUAAGAGUCCUCUUUCAAUCGUUUGUAGGCCAAACGGUUCGGUCGCUACAGAGGUUUUGAGGAGAC